AUGGUCAACCACACCACAGUGAUGGAAUUCGUCCUCCUGGGGUUCUCAGAGGUCCGGGAGCUGCAGCUGGUCCACGCCGUGCUGUUCCUCCUGCUCUACCUGGUUGCCCUGACGGGGAAUCUCCUCAUCGCUGCCAUCACCACCCUUGACUGGCACCUCCACACCCCCAUGUACUUUUUCCUCAGGCACCUGUCCAUCCUCGACCUCUGCCUCAUCUCCGUCACCCUCCCCAAGUCCAACCUGGUCUCUCUGACCACCUGCUACUCCAUCUCCUUUCUGGAUUGUUGUUUGCAAGUCCUUCUGGUGCUUUUGUUUGCCACUUCAGAGCUGUUCAUCCUCACGGCCAUGUCCUACAACCAUUACACCGCCACCUGCCACCCUCUGCGCUACGAGGUCAUCAUGGCCCAAGGAGCCUGUGGGAAGAUGGCGGCCACUUCCUGGCUCAGCAAAUACCUCCUUGGAGCAUCCCUCUCAGCUGGUGCAUUAUCCUUGCCCAUCUGUGGGUCCCGUGAGAUCCAACAGAUCUUCUGUGACAUCCUCUCCUUGCUGAAGAUCUCUUGUUCGGAAGAACACACAACCCUCGAUUUAACUGUAGCCACUGGAUUCUGUUUGACUUUGUUCUGCUUUGUUUCCAUAGUUGUCUCUUAUAUGCACAUCUUCUCCACUCUGCUGAGGAUCCAGUCUGCAGAGGGACGGUCCAAAACCUUCUCCACCUGCCUGCCCCAUCUCACCAUUACCUCUGCUUUUUUCACUACUGGUUCCUUCCCUUAUUUAGCACCCACCUCAGAGUCCCCCUCGGCCCUGGACCUGUUGGUAUACGUGUUUUACACGAUGGUGCCCCCAGCCCUGAACCCCCUCAUCUACAGCCUGAGGAACAGGGACAUAAAGACCUCCCUGGGGAGGGUCCUACAGGGGUAA